AUGGCGCUUCAUCUUGAAAAACAGCUGCUCUUCUAUGGAGCCUACCACAGCAACCCAGUGAACGUCGCAAUUCACAUUACAUGUGUACCGGUCUUGCUAUUCACUGGAAUAAUCUUGGCUUGCAACUGUCCUCCUCUUUUCAGCGUUCCCGAUGCCAUCUCUUUCGAGUACCUCCCUGCCAAUGCCGGAACGAUCGGGGCCUUUAUAUACACCAUCUUCUACGUAUUACUCGAACCGGUAGCAGGCGGCCUGAUCGCACCGCUGGUGAUCGGCUCAGCAGCAUGCGGAAAUUACCUCCUUGGAGAGUACGGAACGAUCGUGAACUACUGGGCCGCGGGGAUUCACGUCGUGUCCUGGCUGGCGCAAUUCGUUGGACACGGUAUCUUCGAGGGGCGGGCUCCGGCAUUGCUGGACAACCUUGUCCAGGCCCUACUCCUGGCUCCCUUGUUCGUGUGGAUGGAGAUUCUGUUCUUCUUCGGGUAUCGCCCGGAGCUGAAACAGCGCUUCGACAGUAAUGUGGAGAAGGAAAUUGCCAAGUUCCGUCAGCAGAAGCAGCAAAAGAGUCGGGCCAAAUGA